GUUCGGCCGGCAGGAGCCCGGAGACCUGAGCAGGGAUGAGUUCGUUCGAGGGGCGGAUGGCUGAGUACCCCGGCGUGUCCAUCGAUAGGUUCGACAGGAACAACCUGUUGGCCAAGGCUUUCUUCCUCUCUCACUGUCACAAAGAUCACAUGAAAGGAUUAAGAGCUCCUGUCCUGCAGAGACGGUUGGAAUGCAGUCUGAAGCUGAGACUCUACUGUUCACCUGUCACAAAGGAGAUUCUGCUAACAAGUAAAAAAUAUAAAUUUUGGGAGAAUUAUAUCACUGCUAUCGAAGUUGAAACACCAACUCAGAUCUCCUUGAUUGAUGAAGCAACAGGAAAGAAAGAAGAUAUAGUCGUGACUCUUCUACCUGCAGGACACUGCCCUGGAUCAGUGAUGUUCCUGUUUGAAGGGAUGGGUGGCACUGUACUCUACACGGGAGACUUCCGUUUGGCUAAAGGGGAGGCCGCUCGUCUCGAGUUCCUGCAUUCAGGAGGCAGAGUUAAAGACAUUUCGACAGUGUAUUUAGACACAACGUUUUGUGACCCACGAUUCUACCAAAUCCCAAGCAGGGAGGAGUGUCUGAAUGGAAUUCUGGAGUUGGUUGGAAGUUGGAUCACACUCAGCCCCUACCACGUGGUGUGGCUAAACUGCAAAGCUGCCUACGGGUACGAGUAUCUCUUUACUCACCUCAGUGAGGAGUUUGGUGUCCAGGUUCAUCUUAACAAGCUGGACAUGUUCAAAAAUAUGCCGGAGAUUCUACAUCAUGUGACAACAGACAGACUGACACAGAUUCACGCCUGCAGAUACCCCAGGGAUGAACUCUUUGGUCGUGGAAACAGACUUCCAUGCGGAAUCAAGGCCAAGGAUGGGACUCCGCUUCGUAUCAUCUCCAUCAAACCUUCCACAAUGUGGUUUGGGGAAAGGAUGAAAAGAACCAAUGUCAUUGUCAGGACUGGGGAGAGUUCAUACCGGGCCUGCUUCUCAUUUCACUCCUCAUUCAGCGAGAUUAAGGAUUUCAUCUCGUACAUUCAACCUGUGACCAUCUAUCCGAAUGUGGUUCCCAUUGGCAAGACGUAUGAAGAGACUAGGGAGUUUUUGAAAACAUUUUGCAGAAAAGGAUCAAGGCAGGAAGCCACAUACAGGCCACUGGGAAAGCUGAAAAGGUCGAGGCAGAAUCUCUUAAAUCAAGAAGACGCAGACUACAAUGACCUCUUCGAUGACUGCCAUCCAAUUCCAUCAAAGCGAGUAUCGUGCACUCCACAACUCUCGCCACCCACUGGGGAAACCCCUGAACACAAUGGAGACGUGCUUACAGAUGGCGCCAGUGAGCAGACCGUCUGCCAAAAUCCUGAGUUCUUCGACUGUGAGGAGUCAAACGACGAAGAUGAAGAUGACGAGAUUGAGGAGGUUCGCGCUAAGGAUGACGCAAGCUUGACGCAGUGUCAACAGUCUGCCGAUCCCACAGAGCGGUGGGAGAAGGGAACAGCAGCCUGUGAGACAGACACACCUCCUUGGGGCUUGUUUUUCAAGCAGGAGCCAGCUUCGGUAUCCGAAACGGACGAGGGUUCAGAAAACGUUGGGGAACAAGAAGCCAGUCCACACUCUCUCAAGCUCUUCAGCGAUUCCGAAGAUGGAGAUUCCACCUUCUUUCCCUCGCAGACUUCGUCCCAGUCAACCCACAUUUCAGAGCAAGGCAGUCAAGGCAGCUUGUUCGGAAAAGAGCCUGUUCACGCCCCAGACAACAGAGCGGACUCGCUGAAGUUCCCCAACAGCAAUGACAAAGCAACACUAAAUUUAAUGAGACUAGGGAAAGUUAGCACUGGAGAACAACCGCAGAACUAUGAACCUCCAAGUUGUCCAUCGAGCAUUCAGUGCAGUUCCCACCCAGUGAUCAAUGUCAGCAUUAAGGAUACACCUUCACGGCUUUCGAAUACAAAUACUGCCUCUUGCCUCCCAGAAGGACGAGAACAAAGCGUGACUUCUGGUUUUAAAUCUGAUGACUCUCAGACAUCCUCAGAGUUUGAGAUAUCGCCCACCCCAGACUGUGAGUUACCACCGGCCGAGGAACUGAAUGUCAUUUACUGUAAAUUAGCUGCGGGAGAGGCCGUGAAAACAGAAAAACACAAACAUGCGAGUGGCUGCAAAUUGUAGUGCAGGUCUGCCGCUGGUGGGGAUGAGAGCACUGGAGCUAAGGUGAAGUGGACAACCCAGAACUUCAAUCAAAUGGCUCUCGUUUCUCUGCACUGAUGCAUAAUUUGUGUUAUUUUUGGGAAAAUAGGACCUUCAUCAUCUGUGCUGUAGGAAUGCAGGAGUAGACUGCUUGGCCUCUUGUGUCUGCUAUCCAAUUUCAUAAGAUAAUCUUCCAUGUAUGUCCUUCUUUAAGAUCUUACCUCCACCUCCCCUCCAGCACCAAUCCCUCAUCACUCAUCACAAUUUACAUCAUCCACUUAAUUUACCAACCUGGAUGCCUUUGGGAUGUGGGAAGAAACGGGAGCAACUGGGGAAAACCCGCUUGGUCACAGAGAGCAUGCAAACUCCACAUGUAUAGUGCCUGAGCUCAGGAUUGAACACAGACCCCUGGUGUUACGAGCCAGUGACUCUACCCUCUGCGCCACUGGGACCUUCUGUUCUAGCUUGUUUUAUCUUUCUGAAUAUGCCCUCCUCACCAUUAACACAUGCAGUUGUGCGCACACACCUGUGCAUGCAGUGUCACAUGCAUUUACAAUCGCAUGUAUACUGUUGUGUAAUUUCACAUGCACCCACACCAUACAGUCUGUCACUCGUGAAUGUAUUCAAGUGUCCCCAUAUUGUCUGUCUCUCUCACACAUACACUGCAGUCUCUCACUCACGUGGUAUAGAGUCGUAGAAAAGUACAGCACAGACACAGGCCCUUCAGCCCAUCUAGUCAAUUAAAACUGCCUACCCCAUCGAUCUGCACUGGGACCAUAGCCCUCCAUAACACUACCAUCCACGUACCUAUCCAAGCUUCUCUUACACAUUGAAAUCGAGCUCACGUGUACCACUUGCGCUGACAGCUCAUUCAUACUUAAGACCCUCUGAGUGAAGAAUUUUUCAGCUUUCACCCUUAACCCAUAACUUCUAGUUGUAGUCCCACCCAACUUCAGUGGGAAAAAGCCAGCUUAAAUAUACCCAAUAUUUACCCCUCAUAGAUUUGUACACCUCUAUCAAAUCUCCUCUCAAUCUUCUACAUUUCAAGGAAUAAAGUCCUAAACCAUUCAAUCAUUCCUUUUCACUCAGGUCCUCCAGACCAGGCAACAUCCUUGUAAAUUUUCUGUAUACUCUUUCAACCGUGUUUACAUCCUUUCUGUAGGUCAGUAACCAAAACUGCGCAUAAUAUUCCAAAUUAGGCCUCACCAAUGUCUUGUACAACUUCAACAUAACAUUGCAACUCCUGUACUCGGUGCUUUGAUAUAUGAAGACUAAUGUGCCAAGAAGCUUUCUUUACAACCCUAUCUACCUGUGAUACCACUUUCAAUGAAUUAUGUACCUGUAUAACCAGGUCUGACUUGAAGGGGGUCCAAUCAACUAUUUUGUGUUUAAUAAUUGUAAUACAUUUUAGACCAAUUUGUAGAAAUUUGUUUUCACUUUGACACGAAAGUUUUUUAUUGAUCAGUGUCAAAAAAGUAAAAUUAAAUCUAUUGUGAUUCAAUGUUGCAGAAUU